UCCCCAACACGGACUCCUGCUCGCAGCACCGCGACAGUGCUGACGGCCUAGGACGGCACCGUAAGACCCCCCUCACCGCAUAUAUUUAUACAAACACGUCCCUUUCUUCCCGUACUCGGUCGUCUGAGCCGUUUUGAGGCGGUAAAAUAGGCACCAUGGAGGAGCUGCACAGCCUGGACCCCCGGAGACAGGAGCUGCUGGAGGCACGUUUCAUGGGUGCGGUCAGCGGCAGCACAGGUGGCAGCACUUGCAGCACAAGUGGGGGAGCCAAAGGACUGACCCACAAUGAAUGUUCUAAUCAUAGUUUUGGAAGUCUGGGAUCCUCAAGCGACAAGGAGUCAGAGGGAUCAGACGUGAAAAGAGGCAGUUCUCCAGCGUAUUCGACUCCAGAGAAGAAACAAUCUGAAACAACCAGGGGCAGAAAAAGGAAACCUGAGCUCCAGUCAGAGAGCAGCCAAGGAAAAUCUGCUGUGCGAGGACCCAAAAUAAGCGAUUAUUUUGAUUUCCAGGGAGGAAAUGGGUCCAGUCCUGUGAGAGGUCUCCCUCCAGUGCUUCGAUCACCACAGAACUCACAUUCCCACUCUGCUCAGGGCUCUGCUAUCAGACAAAAUAGCUCAUCUCCUACUAGUCUGUCCUUUGUGGACCACAUGACACAUUCAAAGCAGUUGGCAGUCAAAUUUGUGCAGACUGACCUAACAGUGUUGAAAUUGGCUGCUCUUGAAAGCACUAAGAAUCUAGACCUUGAGAAGAAGGAGGGCCGAAUAGAUGACUUGCUACGGGCGAACUGCGAUCUCAGGAGGCAGAUAGAUGAGCAACAAAAAUUACUUGAAAAGUACAAGGAACGCUUGAACAAAUGCAUCACCAUGAGCAAGAAACUGCUUAUAGAAAAGAGCACCCAGGAGAAGCAGGCCUGUCGGGAGAAGAGCAUGCAGGACCGACUACGUUUAGGCCACUUCACCACAGUGAGACACGGAGCCUCAUUCACAGAGCAGUGGACGGAUGGCUACGCCUUCCAAAACCUUGUCAAACAGCAAGAGUGGAUAAACCAACAGAGAGAAGACAUUGAGAGGCAAAGAAAACUUCUUGCCAAGAGAAAACCUCCAUCCUCCAGCAACUCCCAAACACCGUCUAUGAACUCGGAGCCAAAGCAGCGCAAAAACAAGGCGGUGAACGGAGCGGAAAGCGAUCCCUUUCUGAAACCUAGUCUACCUCAACUGCUUACGCUAGCAGAGUACCACGAACAGGAAGAGAUAUUCAAACUUCGACUCGGACAUCUGAAGAAGGAAGAAGCUGAGAUCCAGGCGGAGCUGGAGCGGCUGGAGAGAGUGCGCAACCUUCACAUUCGGGAGCUGAAGAGAAUAAAUAAUGAAGACAGUUCCCAAUUUAAAGAUCACCCCACGCUGAAUGAACGAUAUCUGCUCCUUCACCUUCUUGGGAGAGGCGGCUUUAGCGAAGUUUAUAAGGCUUUUGACUUGAUUGAACAACGAUACGCUGCAGUGAAAAUUCAUCAACUUAACAAGAACUGGAGAGAAGAGAAAAAGGAAAAUUAUCACAAACAUGCGUGUCGAGAAUACAGAAUACAUAAGGAGCUGGACCAUCCCAGGAUUGUGAAACUUUACGACUACUUCUCACUGGACACAGACACUUUUUGCACCGUUAUGGAGUUCUGCGAGGGCAAUGACUUGGAUUUCUACUUGAAGCAGCAUAAGCUAAUGUCUGAGAAGGAGGCUCGGUCCAUCGUCAUGCAGAUUGUGAACGCACUUAAAUACUUAAAUGAGAUCAAACCCCCCAUCAUUCAUUAUGACCUUAAACCAGGUAAUAUCUUGUUAGUGGACGGCACAGCCUGCGGGGAAAUCAAAAUCACCGACUUUGGUCUUUCCAAAAUCAUGGACGACGACAACUAUGGCGUAGAUGGGAUGGACCUGACGUCGCAGGGAGCAGGGACCUAUUGGUACUUGCCACCUGAAUGUUUUGUGGUUGGUAAAGAACCCCCCAAAAUCUCCAAUAAGGUGGAUGUGUGGUCAGUAGGUGUCAUCUUUUUCCAGUGUCUCUAUGGAAGGAAGCCUUUUGGGCACAACCAGUCACAGCAGGACAUCCUGCAGGAGAACACCAUACUCAAAGCAACCGAGGUCCAGUUCCCCGUCAAGCCUGUUGCCAGUAAUGAAGCAAAAGCCUUCAUAAGGCGGUGUCUAGCAUACAGGAAGGAGGACCGGAUUGGCGUCCACCAGCUGGGAAGUGACCCGUACCUGCUCCCUCACAUGCGAAGAUCCAGCUCCUCUGGAAAUCUGCAGAUGAGUGCUGCUGGCUCUGGACCAGCGUCCUCCAGUAUCAUCUCAAACUGACACUUUUGAAAUGUGACAGAAAGGAAAAAACCGACGACUGAAGUAGCACCUGCAGAGCUCCUCGGAGAGGCUUGGACUUGUGAGAGGAGGAACAGCAGGCGACUGAAGGACCAGGACGCGGGUGGGGAGAUCUCUACUGGCCUCCUCUGACCUGUACCAGGUUUCUACUUGUUUACCAGGGCUUUAUCAUUGGACGGACAGUGAAGAGGGAUGUUUUAAAGGACAUUGGUGAAUGGAUCGUUUUGAGGGCCCGACAAAAGCACUGAAACUGACUUUUAUCAACCUUGAAGAAAAUGUGACUGGACUCUCUGUUCACAGGUUGCAGAUGGAUAAAGCCUCAAGGGGCUGAAGGGAGAUUUGGCAGCCCAUUAUUUAGAUUAAUUAAUAUGGUCCUGCCAGGAUGCAAAUUACUCAGCUGCUAGAAGUUAAUUUACUGUGAGAAGACAGUUAAGUAGAACUACCGAGAUUUCACUAUUGAUUUGGAUAACUGUUCUGUUUUUCACAAAUGUUAGGCUUUAAUUUGAGUUACUUAGCCAUGGGGAAUGUAAUGUGUAGCAUACAAGUGGCAUCUAGUGUUGAGUAGGUUGGAGCAGCAUACUAAAUAUGUUUGAUGCACAAAGUAACCAAAUGUAGAAAAUGAUAAAUGUAUAAAAUCCUAUGCAGGAAUAUUAAUUAACAGAUAAAUUGGAAAUUGUAUAUGCUGUAUAGGUAAAUUUUGAACUGCAGCAGUAAUAUGUAUGAAGAGUUUAAAAAAAGAAAAAAUCCCUUCAUAAAAUUAGUUUCCUGGAGUGGUUUCAUUUCUGCUGCUUUGUUGCUCUUACUUUUUCAAGGGCUGUAUGUUUCACUUGGGGUACAAAUUGUACAGUUCUGCUAAGAGUGAAUAAUAAAUGCCAGGAAACAUUUUUUUUCUCCCUCCCAGUGAAUGGCAUUUCAGAUCCUGAUCAGAUAAUGCACUCAUUGAGUUUUAGAGCCCACAUCUACAGCCUCAGAACAUACUGACAUCUACUGGCUGAGUUUGGUACUGCGUUGGACCAAUUGCACACAAUAUGAAGACGACAGACCAGAAGGGAAACUAGGUGUAUUCAAGGUAAUGAUCUUACACUUUAUUUACCCCCCCCCAGUACUGUACGAGUAAGCAAACAUGCCUUGUUCAUUUUUUAUUUUUUUUUCUUCUCACGAAUGGUCAUCAGACGUUAGACCUUUGCCUCCCUUUUCAAACCUUUUGAGUAAAUCGAGAAUAAAAUUACAAAAAAAAAUGACUGAACCCCUUUUCCACACUGUACAAUUCUGAUGGUUAAAGUUUUUUUUUUUU